AUGCAGAUUACUCCGGCAGCGUCCUGCUUUAAAGUGUGCCCCUGCGACUGCAAAGCGCCGGCCUUAAACGGUGCUUUAUGGCGAGAACAGGAACAGGAACGGGAACGGGAAAGGGAACCGAAGCAGGAGCCGGAACGCAACAUGGACGACGACGACGACAAACUGGUCUCGGACGAAGUGCAUCUACGCCAACUGAGCUCAACGCCGGCCUCGGCGCUGCAGCAGCGCCGCCAGAGCAACAGCGUGACUCGCUCCGCGCCACCCGARCUGACGCAGCGUGGCCCCAGCGUGCAGGAGCCGGAGAGCGAGGCGGAGCAGGGCGUGGUGCUGCGACGGGCCAUGGGCAAGGGGGCCAUUACCUUGGCACAAAUAGACGAUCUAAGACUGGAGAGCGACGACGACGACGACGAAGAGGAUGACGUGAACGACUACGACGAUGUUGACUGUGGCCAGGGCUUGAGCAAUCCCGCAGCGCAGACCACAAAUGAUGAGCAGAUUACAGCCGCAACAAUGGCAGCUACAGCCACAACAAUGUCAGCCACAGCCACAACCACCGCAGCAGCAACAGCAGCAACAGCAACAACAACAACAACAGCAGCAGAGCAGGAAGCGGCCGGCAGCGGAACGUGUACGCCAACCACUCUGGACAUGUCCAAAAUACCACGCCUACCCGGCGACGGGGCACAGAUGGACGACAGCGGCGAUCUGCCCCACUCGCUGCAGGCCUCCGCAGCCUCGAUUUUAUCCAAUUUGCGCAAGAAACAGCAGGCAAUGCUCGCAGUYGGCAGCAACGUCGGCGUCGGCGUCGGCAGCGGCGCCGCCAUAAACGUUGACCGACCUGUCGCCGGGGCCAUGGCCAAGCAAACGCCGCGGCGAGUGCAGUCCGUGCGCAUCGUCGAGGACAAAUCUGGCUAUGGACCCAAGCGACGCACCGAGAGCUGCAGCAUAUUCGGCAACAGCAAUUUCGUGCUGAAGCUACUCGUACUAUGGCUAUUAGCUUCUGGCUCCUGCACCUCCCUUCAGGCGAAUGUGCGACGAGUAAAGCGUCUCUCCUCACCAGAAUUUAAUACUGAAACAUACACGAAACUCACCAAGUACGUGGUGUCCUUCAGGUCGCGCACGCCGGUAAAACACUUUGGCGACAAUCACUACUGCGGCGGGUCGAUAAUAUCGCCAGUGUUUGUACUGACUGCUGCAAGCUGCGUCAUGGACGAACGCAAGAUACCCCAUAGCAAYCGAGUGCUGCAGAUCGUGGCAGGAGCCCCGGACCGUCUGAGGGUUCUCAGAGGCAAGACCAUCAAUAUUCCGAUAAGAAAGAUCUUUGUACCGGUCAACUAUACCCUCUACCACACUUUCAACAUUGCGCUUGUGAAGCUGGGCUUUUCCCUGCCCUCAAAGAAUCCACACAUCGGAAUACUCGAGUUGCCCACAAGUCCGCCAAUCCCUGGACAGCUGUACAGAGUCCUAGGCUGGGGUCGCAUGUAUGCCGGCGGCUUUUUGCCAGCGAAAAUCUUGUACAUAGAUGUUAAGUUGCAGACGCAAAAGACUUGUAGCUCGCUGCUGGAAAACUACGAGCCCGAAAUGCUGUGUGCUGGCCAAAUGAAUGCCACACUCGAUCAGCAUCCCUGCCCGGGCGAUACAGGCGGUCCACUUAUGGACAAUACCACGAUUUACGGCAUCGUUAUUUAUAGUCUCGGCUGCGGUCACAAGCGAAUCCCAUCGGUCUAUACGAACGUGUGGUAUCACUUGAACUGGAUCAUAGCAAUUACAAAACGGAAUGGCAGCACAUUGAUACGGAACCGGCUCCUCCUCUCACUGCUGAAUGCAAUCAUAGCUCUGUGCUCUAAGAUGCUCUAUUAUAAGCUCGAGCUAUGCGAGCACAGCCACGUCGAUUACUUGGUCAGUUUGCUGUGGGAUUGCCAAUCUGGCCAUUUGCUUCCUCGGGUACUGGCGCUGCUUUGCCAACAAUUAUUUGCACUGGGCGGCGGUCUGCACGUGGGUGCUCUUCAAUAUACAAGGAUUCAUCAGCGAAGGCGUCGGCUUCGAGAAUCGGGAGUACCUGGUCUGGUACAUUCUGUUCGUCAUCUUUGUGCCCUAUGCCAUGCUGCCGCUGCCGCUCAAAUGGUGCGUCGUGGGUGGCACAAUCACAGCCAGCUGCCACCUGGCCGUAAUUACCAUCAACAAAUUGCAGGACAAGACGACGCCACUGGACACGAACUGCGUGCUAUUCCAAAUCAUUGCCAAUUUCAUUCUAUACACGGCGAUUAACGUGGCUGGCAUGUAUACCAAAUACCUGACGGAUCGGGGCCAGCGAYUGGCCUUCAUCGAGACYCACAAGGCCAUGGAGCACAAGAAAGAGUCCGAAAAGGAAUUGCAGCGCACUCAAAAACUUCUUG